AUGGAAGCUCCAGUCACACCAACUCCUCUACCCUCCAACUCCACCCUGCCUACACCUUUCCCUCUGCACCGGGCAGUGGCCCCAGCAGUCCGGCUUGGAUUCACCGUCCUCUACACUGCUCUCUACGGAAGUCUCUUCUUGGUCGUCUACGUUCGUCUCUGGCUCCUCCUGCUCUGCCGACACAAGCGCUGGAGCUACCAGAGCGUGUUUCUGUUCCUCUGUCUUCACUGUUCUCCUUCUACUUCCAUAACGGCCUGGAAGCCAAUCACCUGGCCACAGUGUUUUACUGGCUCCUCUACUGCUUCUCUGUCUGUCUGCAGUUCUUCACCCCUCAGUCUCAUCAACCUCUACUUCACUCAGGUAAGACACAUUUUAUAUCUUAGAUCACAUGACAUACUUGCAGGACAAGUUUUUCUGAGUUAUGAUUUGUUAUGAAAGCAUUAGUCUGACGCUCGUGACAGAUUGUUAAAUCGAGUAGCUGGCCAGCCGCAUGCAAGAUUUGGGUUCGAAGUUCAGAGACUAUGAAAGUAUUUGUUAAAGUAUGUGUUUACUUUGUCUAUUGGCUGGUUUCUAUUCUCCUUUGUUUGUACAGGUAUUACUCAACGUGAUAGAGAAGUACAGCCCUAACACUGAGCCCAGCAAUGGACUGUGAGUUCCACUUCCCUCAAACUACUUGCAGCUGUUGGUGUCCUUUAGAGAGGUUUUGAAGAAGCUUUAUUUAAAUAAUUUGAACUGACAAGUCUCUCUCUCUCCUCAGAUGUUGGGCGCGGUGCUUAUACGCCACCCUGAGUGGUGAGUUCCUGUGUGUCAACGUGGUGUGUGCUGCUCUUGGCUGGAACGGGGGCAGUGGAGGAGCAGGAGCUAAAACAUGGAGUCUGGUUCUGAUACGAGGACUGAAACAUGGAGUCUGGUUCUGA